AUGACCUGUGUUGCUAACAACGACAAGCCCUCUAUGGCGUAUGGCUCAAACCCACCAGCUACCUGUGCUAUGUUGAUGACCUCCAAACCUGCAACGGCAUCCGACGACCCCAACGCUACAGUAGGCAAUGGCAUCACCUCCAUGCUCACAAUCAUAAAACCACUUGUUAUUGGAUCCGGCCUGCGAUUGCUAAUGACGAUGUAA